CCCGAACUUAUCUGUCCUGCUGAUCUAUUCAAACCAUUAAAAUAAAUAUUAAUUCUGUGUCCAAUAGUUGUAUAUUGUUUAUACAGGGAGGAAAAAAGACGAAACAUUCAAAAAAAUUUCGUAAGUUCUUCUGCAACAUCCGGGUUUUCUUAUUUACUGAGCUAAAUUUUUUUCUCGGGAUAUUUUAGUAUUUCAUUUUUUCACAAUAACUGAAAUUAGAACCAUCGAUACAUCGGUACUUUUAUAUUUUCAAAUCCAACCGUUAAUUAAAAGCUGUAAAAUAGUUCUAAUGAUCUGAUUCACCGAUGAAAUACCGAUCGGAAACUAUUUUUCAAAUUUGUCCGCCUAAUUUUCAGCCAAUCAACGUAAGGGAUUAAAUCACGUGAUUUCUGCUUCUUGUCCGACAAAAGAAGGUUUGUUGACGUGGUGUGAUACCUAGUGCCUUUAUUUUCUACCUACAAACAAUAUGGCUCAGGAAAGUCCACGUGAAACUACUGGAGGUUUGUCCUAUGAAGUCAUCCUGAAGCCAGCCUCUGCGGAGAAUACUCCCAGGCCUAUCUCACCCCCCAAAGAGAAGCCAGGUAUCACCAAGGAAGAAAUAGAGAGGAAACAUGCUGAGGCUGAGGAGAGGAAAUUGCAAUUGGAGGCUCAGCGCCAGAAGGCACUUCAAGAAAGUAAACAAAAAGCUGAUGAAGUCCUAAGAAAGAAGCUAGAGCAAGAAGCUGAGUUCCAAAAAGCUUCUGAAGAAAAAAUGGUGAAACGUCUAUCAUCUAUGGAAGAAAAGCGAGAAACACAGAUUUCCAACCUCCAGAAAAAAAUGAAUGAACAUAACCAACGUGUAAAGGAAGUCCAGGCAGCUGUGGAGCGAUACAGGAAGCUGCUCGAGGAUCAGAUUGACCAGAAACUAAAGGCGGCUGAAGCAAACAGAUGCCAACAGAUCCAGGGUAUGGUGGAAAGACUCCGCGAACAUGCCAAACAUAUUGAAGAUGCCAAGGCUAAGAGUGAUGCCUUCAGCAAGGCCACUGAAGAAAAGAUCAUCAGAGACAUGGAAACUACACUUAAGAAUAAGGAAGAACAACUCAAGGCUAUGAUGGAAAGACUCAAAGAACAUGAGCGCCAUGUGAUGGAGGUCAAAUCCAGGAAGGGAACUGUACCCGCUCCCAUGGAGACAAACUAGACUGGUACCCCAACCUAUCCCCUGAGGUGCUACUUGAUAUGGCACGUCACAAACCUAGACUAUUGUAUAAAAUACAUGUACCACCACACACAUUAGGAUGGUCAUAAGCAGAGGUCCAGAGGACGAAUUGACAUUUUUGGAGAGGCUGAGAUAAAUUGUGUUCAUGAAUAUAUGAUUACAGUUGCUAAUUUUUUGCAGUUUUAAUACUGUAUAGUUUUAGCUGUUUCUUAAAAAAUGUGAAUAUCGUGCUGUGGUGUGGUGAGAACAUUUAUUUACAAGAGCUCAUGAAUGAAGGAACUGUUAAAACUAUGGAACUGACCUGGAUCAAAAGAAACUAUAUUAGAAUGUUUUAUGGAAGAAUGCAUGACAUACACAUAGGUGCAUACAUAUUAACAUGUGGAUCACACCCCCUGGAUGCAUCAGAUCGUAGCCAAUUGGUGGCGUGAACAUCUAGCCGAAUAUAUAGUAUUAUGAAUGUGGACUUCUGUGUGCCGUUUCCCAGUUAUUGUCGUGAGAAUGCCUGUCUGUGUUUACAUAUUCCAAAUGAAGACAGUGGGAUACUGAUGCCUGUGAAACAUGGCAUUCAGGGUGAACUCAUCUACAUAAUAACCAAAUCACUUGUCUUAAAACAUACAAAAUACAAUUGAACUCAUUAGUGAUAGUAAUGUAUACAUACACUCAUUUGUAACAUUUCUAGAUGUGCGUUUAAUUUAAUUCAUUAUUUUCCUUCAAUUUGUAGAACACUAUUUGAUAUUUGCCACAAUGGGAAUUUAAUUCUGUCUACUGUAAUCCGUCUGGGUAUAAAGUUGACAUAAGCUCCCUCGAGUGCACAACAAAAAUUGAAUUGAAUACAAAGUAAAACCUUUUUAACCAACUACCUUGGGGUCCGUUUUUAGUACAAUCAUAAUUUACUUUAUUUGGAAUACUAUUGUUUACUUUAAUAUAACUUUGUGACCA